CCCACCCUCCCAGAACCGCCAUUAAUGCCCUCCCAGAAGUAGAGCCCUGUCUCAGACGAACAAGAAGAAUACAGCCUCUCUCUUUCUCUCUCUGCGAUUCAAAAAAACCCACUCUCUUUCUCAUUGCAAAGAUGAUGUCUCUCAAGUCGCUGUUCACCCCUAAGGAGAUGUGGGCAUGCGGCCACCCCAAAACUGAGUCCUUCAGAGUGGCUCCAGAUGCUUACAGGAGCGUCAACAACAUGUACGUCUACUCGGAGGCGAAUGAUGCCGUCUCUGAGCCCGGCAACUGGUUCGAGUCGGACUCGUCGGCGGCAUCGACGUCGGAGGUUUCCUCUUCGGGGGAUUCCGGCGAGGCAGCACCGGAGCUUCUGGUGGAGGGCAUGAGAAGCCUGCGGUCAGACAGGUUCUUCUUCGAGCCCGACCGCACCAAAUCCAUAGUGGAGGAAGGCAAGGACAAGCGCAGCUGUUUCGUGCCGUUUUUGAAGGUCGAGGGCGGCUUAGAGAGAGAGAAAAGUGCUGGAUUUUUGUUGGUUAAGGAGGGGAAGAAGGUGGGGAGUGGUUUACAGGGCGAGAAAGAGAAUGGGUUUUUCUUGUUUAAUGAAGACAAGAAGGUGGGCAGUACUGGCUUAGAAAGACAAACUGGCAACGGGUUUCUCUUGCUCAAGGAGGAUCAGAAGGUGGGCAAUGGUUUACAGAGAGAAACCAGUCAUGGGACGUUUCGUUCAGGAAGGGAGAAAGUGAGGUUGGUUGGUGGUUUCAAGGAGGAAGCCGGUGGUGGAUUACUGACUCUGGGGGCGCAGCUGAAGGUAGAGAACGGAUUCGAAAUGAAAGAGGAUGAUAUCACUGGUGAUUUUGUAUUAUCACAGAGAGAAAGGAGCAGGCUGUUGGGUAGCGCGGAUUGUGAGAGGAAGAAGAGCGAUGGAUUUUUUGUUUAUGAUGGGGAUCUGAUGGAUGUCGAGAGGGAGAAGAAGGAUUGGCUCUUGGGUCUUGAUCAGGGAGAUGCUGCCGAGGUCCUGACGUUUGACGAGAGCAUGAUGAUGGUGAUGGACUCGGAGGACCCUUACAAGGAUUUCAGGGUUUCCAUGGAGGAGAUGGUGGAGGCCUACGGAUUGAGCGAGUGGGAGUGCUUGGAAGAAAUGCUGGUGUGGUACUUGAGGGCGAACGGGAGGAGUGCUCACAGGUACAUCAUGGGCGCCUUCGUCGAUCUGCUUGUAUCGAUCGUUUCUCCUUCUCAUGGAAAUGGCGCUGAAAUCCUGCGAAGAUUUCGAUGAGCAGAAGAUGAAACGAAACUAAAGCGACGAGCUUCUGUAGAGAACUGCUGAGUUGUGGCUUUGAGUGCGAUUCUUGUAUGUAUAUUACUAGUUUUAGAUUAUCAGAAAACCAUUACUUCUCUUGCUCUCCCUCUCUCUCACGACAAGCAAGAUGAAGAAGUGAAGAUUUUCAUUGUUGUUAGUGCGAUCUUCCACAUUUCAAGCAAUGAUGCUUUCUCCAA